AGACAAUCUCGCUUGCCAUAAUUUCUCAAUGUGACCGUAUCAUUCAGUGCAUCUCUGGAGCGUUAGAAGAAAUAGAGUGGGAGCCGAGAGACUCGUGCCACUUAAUGAGUCUCUUGUUGAAUGUCAAACCCGAGAGGCUGCAUGAUGGAGAGCUUCAACGAGCUGCUUCUUAAACUCAAGGAGGUCCAUGAGCGGGAGCUUGAGGGCUGGCAGAUGAAGGUGCAAGAAUUAUCCAACAAGAAGGGCUGCGAUACCAAGCGAAUGGAGGAGUUGUUCACAAGAAACCAACAGAUGAAGGAGCAGCAGCGAUUACUCACCGAAAACAUCAAGACACUUGAAAACAGGUUGAGAGCAGGCCUAUGUGAUAGAUGUACAGUCACUCAAGAGGUGGCCAAAAGAAAACAGCAGGAGUUUGAAGUCUCUCAGAUGCAGACCUUCCAGCAUAUGACACUUCUAGUUGGAGAGACCAAUACACUGAAAAAGGAAAACAAGAAACUACGAGACGAACUCGAGAAUAUAAGAGAAGCACUAAACAGCACACCUUUGGAGGCCAAUCCAAGCACCUCCCCUGAAAUUUCGCCUUCUCCUGGACCUGUGUCUCUUACUGCCACAGCAACCGGCAGGGCCACUGCCAACCAGUCUGUUGAUGCUAAUGUUGGCAUAAAAUCAGAGAAAAACCAAAGGGUAGAUGAACCUCAAUCCGAACCGAAACGUCUGCAACCAGUGAGCAAGAGCCACUUCGCUGUAUCAAGUUUUUCUUCACCACCCUGGAAGACAGAAAAUAGCCUGUCACAGGGAGAGCGGAGAUCUCACAUCAUGGGAGCUCUAGACCCGCCACAUCCAAUCCCUGUUCCAGGUCUUUUUCUAAAGACCUCCUCUUCAUUGCUCAAUACGGACAUCAAUCCAACAAGACAGGCACUCAAGGCUCCCGUGCCCUACCGUCCUCAACCAAUCAAGAGCAGCCCUGUAUCCUUUCCUUGGGCUCUUCCAGAAUCUUCUGCAUGGACUUCCAUGGCCACCUCAGGCACAAACCUGGUGAGGCACUCUUAUCCCAAAUCAAAUCUACCCCGAUUCCCCAAUUUAGUCCCAUCAAGCCAGCACACUGGCCUUUCCAGUAAUCCCAGUCAUGGUUAUGGACCUCAGUGGCACAAGCAUGGUGUCUUCCAAGGACCUGUUAAAGAACCAACUCUGAUACUUAGGUUGAAUAACAUACCAGACCACACAGAGGGUCUAGUAAAGUCCCAGGAGAAGAAGGACACACCUCCAUCUAGCACAGAAAGUGAUUCUGGGGAAGGAUUCAAAGAUCCCUGUGAUGGUCCUCUAGAUCUGUCUGAUAGGGGAAAGUCCAAACCCAGUCAAACACCAAAACAUGAGAUACCGCUUAUGUCAGAAGAAGGAGAGGGUGUAAAGUCUAAAACUGACAAGGAACUGAUGCAGAAUCUUCCCAAACACUCUCAAGAGGCAUCACCUCCUGCUUCUCCAUCCUUGCUGCCACCUUUACCUGAGGUUAUACAAGACAUGACGCAACAAAAAUACAAGGUGGUAAAAGAGUAUGUGGAGCAGAAGAGAGAGACCAAUGGAAAGACAGAACAAAGCAAUGGGAAGAAGGUCCCUGCCCUCACUAUAUCAUUACGACCAGUAGUCGUGCUGGAGUCAAUGAAUUCCGCUCUACAAAGACAGGACCUAAUAUCAACAAAUGGAGAGUCAUUGCCACCAGGAGUCGAGCCAAAAUGCUCGGAGGAACGGAUAGAGGAGAGCGAGGACGAGGAGGCUGGAGCAGAGGCGAAGGAAGAGCAGGAGAAUAAUGUUUCAGAACAGGAGAACAACCAUAGCUAUAAGAGGAAAAAUGUAUUUUUGGACACAGACAUGGACCAAGACUCAGACACAGAUGUCAUGGCACUAGCAAAGAAAGUCAAGAUCACCGUGAGAACUCAAGAGAAGCCGUCCAGCUGACUGGAAGGAACUUGAACAGAAAAAAUCUGACAGGAUCGAAAGAAAUACAUGUUUAGAUUGGGAUACACAAACCAUUAAAGUCCAAAACUAUUUAAUUAUCGUAGACUUACAAAACACCGUAUUUUUCGGACUAUAAGUCGUUUUUUUUUGUUUUUUUUCAUAGUUUUGCAGAGGGUGCGUCUUAUACUCUGGAGCGAUUUAAGUGUUAUUAUUUACGGUCAGGUUGAGCCGACUUCUCUCUCGCUAACUUUUUUUAAAGAAAAUAAAUAUAUAUUAAUAUAUUUAUACUAAAACGAUGUAUGGAUGUUAAAUACAAUAAAUAAUUUGGAUAAAACUGAGAAGGUGCAUGCACGUAAACACAGUGGCCCCGCUCUCUUUUCAAUCUUUCCCUCCGCGAGUAUCAUGGUAUUUCCUUUUCGAUAUGGAGCAGCUAUAGGAGUGAAAAACAAACUAAUGACAGGGGAAUUGAAAAGCAAACAAUUGUGGUAGGAGUGGGCUAUAGAAAGGAUUCAAAUUGAUUGUUGAAGAUACGAAAACCUUUGUCGGCUUAGCUGAAUGUAAACGAAUGUGGUGCAUUGAUCUCAUACGAGAAAUAUCUUUAACAAACUUUUCCAGCGUUAUUCCGUUAUAUAAAUGCAUUUAUAAUGAUCAUAAAAAUAUGUAGACUAUUUAAACAUUGAGAAAACUUUUCUACCAACUCGAGGAGAUUAAAAUUAAUGUCAAAUCAACUAUUCGCCUGUUAGAACAGAUACGCAAGUAUAAAAGAUAUAAAUGUUUAUUGAAUAUCCAUCUUACAGUCUUGUUUAACUGGGAGAAUUCAUUACAAAAGACAGGCUUUAACUUAUCAUAAUGCAUAUGUGCACCGGCAUCGUCACAAACGUGAUCACACAAAACGCAAUCACGCAUCGCAUCCCCGCAUUUCCUCCUUCUCCUGAGUCCUCACAGAUAAAACAUAAAAUUUCGGGCUCGGGCAAGCAAAUCAAGUUAAUUGAUCGCGCUCGGGCCGCGUCGGGCUUUAAUACCUGCGGGCCGGUCGGGUCGGGCUGGAUUUUUUAGGCCCGAUCUAACAUCUAGCGUCAUGUAAUGUUAGCAUACCGUACACCCAUUCAGCCUGUUGUUCUCUAUUAUAUUCUAAAUUGCCUUUUUAAGAUGACAUGUCUGUUCUUGGUGCUGGAUUCUAUCAAAUAGAUUUCCCCCCAAAAAUGCGACUUAUACUCCGGUGCGAUUUAUGUUUUUUUUCCUUUUAUUGCGCAUUUUUGGGCUGGUGUGACUUACACUCAGGUGCGACGUAUAGUCCGAAAAAUAUGGUAUUUUCAAAAUCACAAAACUGAAAAAAAGAAAUGGCUAUAGACAGGUGGCAACCGAGCAUGUCAAUCAAAGUGUCUCAACUCUAAAGCUCUAUGGAGAGCAUUGCAAAUUGUUUCCAUGUGACUUAAUGUGGCUUUUGUUUUUUUCUUUGAUUGCCAAAGAAACACACUGUGACUUAAAUUGCUGCAAUGAGGAACACCCCUUUAUUGUCAUUUGCACUUGUAAGUAUUACGGUAUAUGGUAUUCACAGCAAUGCAGAAAGGGGAAUCAUAAUCGACCCGUGGGCUUUCUUUUACAGGGCUUUGUACUACUUACAAGUUACACAAAACACUCAGUCCCCUUAUUUACUUACAGAUGGGACAACAUCAGGAGCUUAGGGCUUUAUAGCUUGCUUAAAUGUAUUCUAGCAUUUAUGUUGCAACUAACCAUAAGAUGUAAAAAUCAUGUGUUCUUAGGCCAACCUUAACGCAUCUCAAUAUAAACUGUAACCUUUUUUAGGAAACAUGUUGGUAUUUCACUUUCCUGGCAUUGGUGUCACCUCGUUAUGCUUACCACAAAGUCCCCCUCCUCUUGCCUUUAGUGUCUUUAGUGGCCCAACAAAUGAAAAAAAGAAAGAGCAAUACAACUUCCUCUUCCUCAUUUUCAAAAUGCACAUAUUUUGCAACCACUAACUUUCCACUUACAGCUGUGACAGCAUCUGUUCAUGCAGAGGGGAGCGUGUGAUAAAACUACAGUUACAAUACUGGUUUAUUAAUAGACUGCUACAAAGUUACUGUGCCCACAUUGACACCGUUCAGUCUAAUCGCCGAGUCGUCACUCCAAAAAAGCAGGCAUUAUUUUUGUUCUCUCUUUGUAGUACAUUUGCACAUUUUGAAUUUAUUUUUAUAUUUGUGUCUACUUCAUUUGAACCUUUAUGUGACCAUCCAUGCUGUGAUAUAAUUUCAAAGGAGAUUAAUGUUGAUGAUGUUUAUACUGUAAGUAGUCAAUCUUUUCCUUUUACUGUAUAUUUCAGUCAAAUAAAG